AUGGGCUGGUUUGACGGUGAUGAUGACAGCAGCAGUGACGAUGAGAAACGACGACGAUCAGCAGGUCCAUUGUCACUCAUGAUGGAUCCCACGCCGUCGCGACGAGAAACAGUGGUAGGAGGCGAUGUCGAGGAAGAUGAAGAUCCCUUGGAUGCGUACAUGAAUACGUUGAACAAAACUACUACCGUCAAACCAAUGUCUUCCUCCAUGGAAGGAUCCAGUAUUAGCAGUGGCACGGGACAAUCGGCUCUUUUUGGUCGCAUGGAUUUGGGCAAUGAAGACGAAGCCACCAGUCACUGGGAGACUACUAGUAAUACAGCAGCUGCCAACAACAGCAGUAGUACCAAGAAUAAACGAGAUGACAAUGAUUUGGACAGGGAUGGAUUUGUCAAGUCAUCAGCCGUGGCCAAACGGGCGAUGCAGCAAACCUUUCAAAAAGCGGGUGCGUACAAGGGAGGAAAUGGCACGCUUCCAUCGACUGCCAAAAUGGAGGGAGAUGAAGAUGAUGAGACCAUGAUAGACCGAUCACAAUCGAAACACGUGGAUAUUCAACUAGCCAAAGUCAAUCAUCAACAAAUGGAAUACGAAGACUUUGAAAAAGUGUUCUGGAAACCCACCUCUACAACUACAGCUACUUCUGAAACCAACAAUCAUCAAUCUUGGAGGGGCGAGCAUGGGAUUGUCAUUCAACCACCUCACUAUCAAAACAACCCAGCCGUUUCCCCCGUUUACGACUUUCUCGAACUCAAAGAUGUACUGGACGAUGCACUCUUGCAGCACAUUUGCAAGACAGGAUAUCAUCAUCCCACACCGGUCCAAUCGCAGACGCUACCAGUGGCACUGAGUGGACACGACGCGCUCAUUACAGCGCCCACGGGCAGUGGCAAGACACUGGCGUAUAUUUGGCCCAUGGUGGUGCAUGUGUGUGCGCAACGACAUUUUGAACCGCACGAAACGGGACCCAUUGGAUUGGUCCUGGUACCCACACGAGAGCUGGCACUCCAAGUGCACAAACACGCUCAGGCCAUGAUUGCUCCUCUGGGAGGGACCAGUGUUACCAUUAUUGGGGGGAUGGGAAAGUAUCCAUUGGUGCAGCAAUUGCGACAAAAGGGAGGCGUCGAGAUUGUGAUUGCGACACCAGGGCGGCUAUUGGAUGUCUUGGCGUCACAACAGCAACAGCAAGCUAGUAGCCUCAAUCCCAAAAAGGUGUCGGGAGUUUCCUUGCAACGAACCACCAUGGUGGUGCUGGAUGAAUGUGACCGGCUCUUGCAUAUGGGGUUCCAAUCACAGGUUUCACAAAUCUUGGAGAAUAUUCGGCCCAAUCGACAAACAUUGCUUCUGAGUGCCACUAUUUCCCGUCGGAUUGAGACAGUGGCACAGCAAUGGCUCAAUGGAGGCAGCAAGGCAGGCAUUGGCAUACAACAACAAGACUAUGUCCGGAUUGCCGUGGGGCGUACCGGUCAAGCCUCGCUCAAUGUACAGCAACACGUCAUGGUCCUGCCAUCGGUACAUGCCAAGCUGUCUUGGUUGACUCAAAUGUUGCCCGUUCUGGCGGGAGUUGGAAGGACUCUGGUGUUUUGUGCCUCCAAGGUUGGUUGCGAAGAAUUAGCAGCCAAGUUAUUGGGGCAAGCAGGGAUUCAAUGUGUCACACUACACGGAGACAAACAUCAGUCCGAUCGAAAUGCUGCGCUCAGGAAGUUUGUCAAGCAACAAUCGGAGCAACCCAUUGUCAUGAUUGCCACAGAUGUGGCUUCUCGGGGGUUGGAUAUUCCCGACGUGACCACUGUCAUCAACUAUGAUCCACCCAAGAAUUUGGAUGUCCACGUGCAUCGUGUAGGACGAGCGGGUCGAUUGUCCAAGAAGGACGAUGCCGUCAAGGAAGGGGCUGCCUAUACGCUGCUGCGAACUCCACAGGAUGCAGAUAUCGGACACGUACUGCUCGGGGCCAUGGACCGAGAAGAGCGCCCCGUACCGGACGAACUGAGGCAGCUGGCAUCACAGAGCCGACAACGACGAGGAGGAAAUGGCAGUAGCGAUUCCAAAUCUCAGUCGCGGAAUCGUUGGAAUAAGAGUGGAUUGGGAGCCACACACCAACGUGACAGCUUUUACGGAUCGUCUUCGUCUUCGCUGCCUCCUCCACCGAAGAAGGGUCGAUGGUCUUAG